AUGUAUGUCAGUGUGAGUCACCUUAUGUUUUUAAAAUAUUACGUCCAUGUAUGUCAUCAACAUGAAUGUCAGAAGGGAGUGUGUGAGGCAGAUACGACCAGUGCACGUCGUUAUAAAUGUAACUGUUUGGAAGGUUACAAAGGGAAGAAUUGUGACGUCCAUGUAUGCGAUCAUCAUAAUUGUCAGAAUGGAACUUGUGAGGCAGAUACGACCAGUGCACGUGGUUACAAAUGUAACUGUGUUGAAAGUUAUGAAGGGGAGAUUUGUGAAGUCCAUGUAUGCGAUCAACAUGAUUGUCAGAAUGGAACUUGUGAGGCAGAUACGACCAGUGCACGUGAUUACAAAUGUAACUGUUUGGAAGGUUACAAAGGGAAGAAUUGUGAAGUUCAUGUAUGCGAUCAACAUGUUUGUCAGAAAGGGACGUGUGAGCCAGAUACAUGUAACACCAGAACACGUGGUUACAAAUGUAACUGUAUGGAAGGUUACAAAGGGGAGAAUUGUCAAGUCGAUGUAUGCAAUCAACAUGAUUGUCAGAAUGGAACUUGUGAAGCAGAUAAGACCAGAACACGUGGUUACCAAUGUAACUGUGUUGAAGGUUAUGAAGGGGAGAAUUGUGAAGCUCGGAGUUGUCCUCACCCCUGGAUAAAACACAACAAUUACUGCUUCCUCUUCAGUGAUGACAAACUCGAUUGGGCCGACGCAUCGAGAAAAUGUCGUUCAAUUGACUCAAUUCUGGCUGAACCGACCACACAAGACAUCAACAAUUUUAUCGUUUCAAAGAUGAUUGUCCAAAGUGAAGGGAGCUAUUACUGGCUGGGCGGUUCUGACCUGGAGGAUGAGGGGAAGUUUGUAUGGACGUCCCGGGGGCAACCUUUCUCCUUCACAUUCUGGAUCGACGGAGACCCCAACGACGCUUAUUGGGGAGAGGAUUGUGUACUGGCAAACUGGCAUGGGAUCGGGCGCUGGGUAGACCACGACUGUUCGAUGGAGGAGUAUUACAUCUGUCAGAGAGAGUUAUGAUGAGACUACGAUUAUCAAGUGAAAUGAACAUACAGUACCUGGAUAUAAUAAAGUACGCAACAUGACGGCUGUUUCAAUAAAAA